CAGACGCCCCUGGCGGCUCCUUGGUGCUUUUCCUGCCCUUGCUCAACCCCUUUGCUGGGCUCGAUUUUUUUUUUUUUUUUGAAACUGGAGGAGGAAAAGGCGGCAGCUGCGCUUCGCAUGCGGCUCCUAACCGCAGGGAGCCCGGCGGCAGCGGCUGUGCGCGGGCGGAGGGAGGAGGAUGCGCCCAGCCCCUGAGUCAGCGCCCAGAGUCCGCCGGGCAACUGCAGAGCGCGGGCGCCCGGGCCGCGCGCGCCAGGGCGCCUCCUAGGGCAGCUGGGGGGAGCGCACGGGGGGCGCAGGAGCCUGGCAGCCCGAGGCGGAGGGCGCGGAGCGAACGCACCUCAGGCGCUUCCGCGGGAUGGCCGCGCACGGGGCGCGCGCCCCGCCGGAGGUCUCCUAGGAGCAGCGGGGAGCGGCCACGUGGGGCGCCUCCUAGGGGUGUCCCAGCCAAGGGAGGGCGCUCACCGCAGGCCCGUCUCAUUUGGCUGGGGACGUGCCGGGAGCGCCCGGCCCCCGCCGCGGGACCAGAGGGCGCGCAACCGGAGGCGCCUCCUGGGGCGCAGGGAGCUCCCGUCGCGGGCACCUCCUCCCGCUCCCGGCCGGCCGGAGCCGGGCAGCCCCCGGCGAUGUUCACCCGGGCGGUGAGCAGGCUCAGCAGGAAGCGGCCGCCGUCAGAGAUAAAUGACAGCGAUGGCAAACCAGGCAGCAGCCAACAAACCCUAAAAGGAACCUCAAGAUGGACUACAUCACUAGAGAACCUCCUAGAAGAUCCAGAAGGAGUGAAACGAUUUAGGGAAUUUUUAAAGAAAGAAUUUAGUGAAGAAAAUGUUUUGUUCUGGUUAGCAUGUGAAGAAUUUAAGAAAACGCAAGACAAGAAACAGAUGCAAGAAAAAGCUAAAGAAAUUUACAUGACUUUCCUGUCCAGUAAAGCUUCUUGCCAAGUCAAUGUUGAAGGGCAAUCCCGUUUGAAUGAGACAAUAUUGGAAGUACCUCACCCACUAAUGUUUCAAAAGCUGCAGGACCAGAUAUUCAAUCUCAUGAAGUACGACAGCUACAGCCGUUUCUUAAAGUCAGACAUAUUUUUAAAACAUAAGAGGGCCGAGGAACAAGAAGAGAAUUCAUCGGAAGCUCAAUCCGUAGCUAAAAGAGCUUCAAGGAUUUACAACACAUGAUCCAAAGAAACCCAUUUAGACAAGCAACAAAAAAUAACCUAACUCUCAGGAACAGACUUUCAGUCUAUAACUGUUGCAUUUAAGGCUUGAAAAGCACAAAACCCUUUUAGGGGAUAUUUACCUUCUUAAUUGCUUGAACAACUAAUUGUUUUUGCAUGAUGGCUAAUACCAAACACUCUUGAAAAGACCAUUUCCUAGGCUAAAAUGCUGAGGUAUCCAUAUGUAGCAUGAAUUACAUUCCAUAUUUCACAAAUUAAAAUGUUUUCCAAUCACUGUAUUUGUGAGGCAUCAUGUACAUGAGAAAAGGAAGAUAGGGUUGCUUUUGCCUUCUGUUUUUAUAGCUAUCCUGUGUGUACAUUUGUGAAUUGUUAUGAGCCAAUGCAGAGUAGCAUUUCCGAUAACUGUGGAUGAGUCAUACAUUGAUUACCAUUAGGGGGCAGUAUCUUGUAGGGUUAAUCCUAAUAAAACCCAGUUUCAGUCCUGCCAAACGUAAAUCUCUUCUUUGAAACUAAUCUGUCUGUGAGACUUUGAAAGGCAAUUUCAAUUUUGACUUUGAGAAGUGUGGGUUUGCCUUUAUUAUUGAAGCAGAAGGCUGGUUUUUUUUCCCUUUGGUUUCACAAUGUUUCCCACAACAGCCAAUUAGCUUCUUCAGAUGACAGAGGCUAAUCGCCAGCUUUGACAGAAACAUGUCAACUUUAAAAAUGCAAUAAAACCUCUUGGGCUUUCAUAGCACCUAAACUAUAAUGGAACAAAAGCACCAAAAUAGGAAGGAGCCCUUCAAAGCACUCAAAAAGCCAUAGGAGAACUGACACCCGUUGCCCACUUCUGGGCAUCACAUCUUCAGGUGGGCUGAGCACUUCAGCCAGCUAGCACACUUAUUCCGAAGUCACAUGCAAGUACUAGUAAGCAUUAGGUCUUCCUCAGGCUUCCUGAGGAAUUGUGCCCUGGCUGCCAGGAGUCCUUCUGCAGAGGCACAAAACAACAGUUUUCAUUUUCAGGCUGGCUUUGCUAAAAUCGAUUGGUCACAUACUACCUGAUUUUGUUUUCCCCCAAGAAGUGUUUCAGGGUUUCCUAUGCACAGAUGUUGGGAAGUCCAACAGAGCUGUGAAUUCGCAUUGUGAUUUUAGCCAUUCCCACUCCAUGCUUGAGAUGAAGGGCAGUUUAUGUCUGCCCUGAGAAGAUCAAUGUGCAGUGAUGAAAUGUUAGGAUAAUAAAGGAACAUGCUGGUGGAAAUCUCCACCAAAGAGUUCUCUUUGUCUGUCUGGAACGGUUUUGGAAUGAAAAGCAUUUUUGGCAUAAAUGUUUAAUGUGUUUAUAUUUUUUGAAUUCAUUAAUUCAAUGCCAAACUAAAUUGCCGUUUAGAAUUGGGAGAACAUAUUGGCUGGCAUAUUUUAUUUACAAGCUUCACCAUGUGUAGGCUAGCUCUGACUCACAUUCACUCACUAUUUACUCUUUUUUUCGUGUUAGUGCAGGCUUUUCUUGAGUUUGUAUUUAUGGGCUGUCUAGUCAGAUUGCACAAUUAGCUUUUGAUUAUUUUAAAAUUCUCUUUCUCAGGAAGGUCAGUUAUAUAUUAUACAUUACUGUUGCUAUCAACAUCUUAAAAGCCAGGACUAGGUUGUAAUUUUCUAGGAGGAAAACUCUCUAUAUAGCCUUAUGAC